CAUUUCCAGAUGACAGACGGAAGGCGACGCGGUAUGACACUGGGUCCUUAACUUCUGCGCAACGGACGUUCAGAACAAAAACAUUUGUGGAAGUCGAAUAUUUUGGUCUGCCGGGACAUAUAUCCUACAGCUCGAGCAUUUUACUCGUCUUCGAUCUAUUCACGCCGAGGGAGGUUGCCUGCUUUUUAAGACAGGUCUGUAAAGAACAUUGUCUACAGAUAACUUGCUGCCCCGACGUGCAAACGUGGAAGUGCCAAUGGAACAGUUCUUCCUCUGCAGCUUACAGGAAAAGCAGAGGUACGUCUGAACGGUUGGGAGCGGUUUGAAGUCGGUGCCUGCAUUGUCGGCCCACGUGUUUAAACCACCUUAAACUACUCUCAAGUUGUCAGUUCUACCUAACGCAGGGGACAAAGAGAUGAGGAGUAUCUCCCACUGCCACCACAGAGACAGAGGAUGAGUGCUCUUUAAAUCGCUGGGCUUUGUCAUGAAUGCCUUCCUGAUGGACCAGGGAUUCAGUGGGUCUUCCCGACUGGCUGGACUCGUGAGCCGCAAUGAGAGGCAUGGCUUCCUCUCUAUCUGCACGUCGUUUUAAGGCUCUAACCUUCAGCUGGGGGUAGAAGCUGUUCACUGCAAAACACUUUUCCUCCUCGAACCAUUUAAAGUAUUUUUGAAAAGACACGGAAAACACGUAUGCACUGAGAAUGAUAUGCCCAAGGAAGAAGAGGCCGACGAAAGACGAGGAUUUCUCAGCCAUUGCUGUGCCUUCCAUGAAAGGCCAUGGCUAUCUGGACUACACUAUUGAGAGUCACCCCACUAGAGCCAUGCAGAUCAUGGAUGAGUUUCGCAGACAUGACAUGCUAUGUGACUUGGUUCUACAUGUGACCUACAAGGAUAAAGUUAUGGAUUUCAAGGUGCAUAAGCUGGUCCUGGCCUCCUGCAGCCCGUACUUCAAAGCCAUGUUCACCAGUAACUUCAGGGAGUGCCACGCGUCCGAGGUGACCCUGAGGGACGUGUGUCCGCAGGUGGUGGGGCGGCUCAUCGACUUCGCCUACACGUCGCGCAUCACCGUCGGGGAGAAGUGCGUGCUGCACUUGCUCUUGGCUGCCAUGCGCUACCAGAUGGAGGACGUGGCCAAGGCCUGCUGCAACUUCCUGGUCAAGAACCUCGAGUCGUCCAAUGUCAUCGGCAUCGCCCGGUUCGCUGAGGAGAUCGGCUGCAUGGACCUGCACAAGCACUGCCGCGAGUACAUCAACACUCACUUCAACGAGGUGACCAAGGUGGAGGAGUUCUUCAGCCUGAGCCACUGCCAGCUGCUGGAGCUGAUCAGCCAGGACAGCCUGAAGGUGCUGUGCGAGGUGGAGGUGUACGAGGCCUGCAUCGAGUGGGUCCACUGGGACGUGGAGAACCGGGCGCAGUACUUCCACGCGCUGCUCAAGGCCGUGCACAUCUACGCGCUGCCGCCCAAGUUCCUCAAGCGCCAGCUGCAGCACUGCCCCAUCCUGAGCAAGGCCAACUCCUGCAAGGACUUCCUGUCCAAGAUCUUCCAGGACAUGUCCCUGCGCAAGCCGCUCCCCCCCGCGCCGCACCGCGGCACCCAGCUCAUCUACGUGGCCGGCGGCUACCGCCAGCAGUCGCUGGCCUCUAUGGAGGCGUUCGACCCGGCGCGGAGCAAGUGGCUGCGGCUGGCCGACAUGCCAGCGCCGGGCAGUGGCCUGGGGACCUGCAUGCUGUUUGGCCUCCUCUACACCGUGGGCGGCAGGAACCUGUCGCUGCAGAACAACGAGGAGUCAGGCACCCUCUGCUGCUACAACCCCAUGACCAACCAGUGGAGCCAGCACGCCUCGCUCAACACGCCGCGGAACCGCGUCGGCAUCGGGGUCCUCGAUGGGGGCAUCUACGCCGUGGGAGGCUCUCAUGGGUCCAGGCAUCUCGACACAGUAGAGAGGUAUGACCCCGAGACCAACCGCUGGACGUUUGUGGCCCCCAUGUCCGUGGCGCGGCUGGGCGCUGGCGUGACCUCCUGCGGGGUCGCUCUGUACGUGGUGGGGGGAUUUGACGGAGUGAACCGCUGGAACACCGUGGAGCGCUACCACCCGGACACCAACACCUGGCAACAAGUGUCCCCCAUGCACUCGAUGCGGAGCGGGCUGGGUCUGGUGUGUGCGGACUCCCACCUGUAUGCGAUUGGGGGCUACGAUGGGCGGACGCAGCUGAGCAGCGUGGAGCGCUACAGCAUAGCGAGGGACGAGUGGGAGCCCGUGGCAUCCAUGAGACACUGCCGCAGCGCCCACGGCGUCACCCUUUACCAGGGCCGCAUAUUUGCACUGGGCGGAUUUAACCAGGCUGGCUUCUUGUCCAGUGUGGAGUGCUAUUGUCCGGAGAGCAAUGAAUGGACAUACAUAACAGACAUGCCUGUGGGACGGAGUGGAAUGGGCAUCGCCGUCACCAUGGAGCCUUGCCCUGGCAACCUGCCGGAGGAGGAAGAGGACGAAUUACAUUGAAUGAUAUUACCUCACACAGACCAAAUCAAAUAAUCUCCUGCCCUGUGUUUGCAUCAUCCACUCAUUCACUGCACUAUAUAGUGAUUCAAAAACACAAAGUUAUUCCCUGUAUAGUGCAUUAUCUAGUGAAUUUGUUGAUGUUCUGACCAUAGGGCCGAAGACCACAUCACUGGAGUGUCUAGAAUGCUGUGCCUUUUGGGGAUAUUUUUCUUUUUGUUUUUACAGUUUUGUAAAUGGUAAUGUAAUGACGUUUUUUGUUAUUUGCACAUCUUUUCAUGACGUAACUGCAUCAGUGUUUUGCCAUAUUCUUCUUAUUUUUAUAGACGUGUGAAGGCUGCUGAUCAGUCAGCACAAAAGGUUAUAAUGAAGUAUAUUCAUGCUGCUGUGGGACAUACUGGUUUGAGCUCCCAACCAGUCAGUCCUGGAAAUGCCACAAAAUCAUAAAUCAAAGAAAUUUUAAAGAGUCAUGUAGCAACUUCUGGCAUGCAGGCACACCUGAGAAUGUUUUGACUGUCUGGACUUACAGGUGAGAAGUUGCCAAAUCAUUUGCCUCAAAAACAUGUGGACUGAUUCUCACCACCUGCUUUGUAGCCUGACAUGUGAAUGCACUUUGCAUUGCUGAAUCCUCAGGCAGAUUAAACAGGUGGAAGCGGAGAGGGA